AAGCGUUGGAAGGUCCGAACCCAAGUGAAUAACCUUCCGUUUUUCUCUCCCGUCUUUCUCUGCUCUGAACUAGAAGUCCUAGAGAGAGAUAAGCAUUAACACAGACCCUGACCCUAACCACAAUGGCGACCAGUUCUGCACAAGCGAACUUGGAAGACGUUCCCUCUGUCGAUCUCAUGUCUGAGCUCCUCCGUCGCUUCAAGUGUUCCGACAAGCCAGACAAGCGCCUCAUUCUCGUUGGUCCACCUGGAUCAGGAAAAGGCACCCAAUCACCAAUUAUUAAGGAUGACUACUGCUUGUGCCACUUGGCUACUGGUGAUAUGUUAAGGGCUGCUGUUGCUGCAAGAACCCCGCUUGGGGUUAAGGCUAAAGAGGCUAUGGAUAAGGGAGAACUUGUUUCUGAUGACUUGGUUGUUGGCAUUAUAGAUGAAGCUCUAAAGAAGCCCUCAUGUCAGAAAGGUUUCAUUCUUGAUGGAUUUCCAAGGACUGUGGUCCAAGCACAAAAGCUUGAUGAAAUGCUGGAAAAGAAGGGAGUCAAAGUUGAUAAGGUGCUCAACUUUGCAAUUCAUGAUGCAAUCUUAGAGGAGAGAAUUACUGGUCGCUGGAUACACCCAUCCAGUGGUAGAACCUACCACACCAAAUUUGCACCUCCCAAAGUUCCAGGAUCUGAUGAUGUUACUGGAGAACCUUUGAUUCAGCGCAAGGAUGAUACUGCAGCAGUUCUCAAAUCAAGGCUGGAGGCAUUUCACAAGCAAACUGAACCAGUUAUUGAUUAUUAUUCCAAGAAGGGCAUUGGUGCCAAUCUUCAUGCAGAAAAAGCUCCCAAAGAGGUCACUACUGAGGUUCAGAAGGUGCUCACUUCGUGAAAGCAGCCUCCCUUUUACUUAUAAAUGGAUUUCUUUUCUUAGAAAGCAUUGUAUUUUUUGCCCCAUUUUUCUGAUACAAGGUUGAAAUUUUCAACUGAUCUGAUUCACUUGACUUGAUUUUCCAAAUUGCACACGAUGGCUGCUGUCAACUUUUUGAGGUUUAAUCAACCUAUACAUAAUAUAAAUGCGUGGAACUGCACGCUGGUGAUA